UAACUCUGCACUCCACACACUCGCGCUCUCUUCUCAAGAGAGAUAAAAAGAAUGUGGCUUAAUCCCAUCGUCACCGAACCGUUCUCGGAUUGACUCCGCCCUCAAAAGUCUCGCGACUGACACAUUUUGUCAUUCUCUCAGAAAAAAGAAAAAAAAAAACUCAGCUUUUGUGGUCGAGGUAGUCAGAAACCUCUCGGGUUUCGUAGCUUUUCCCACAGCUGUGAGGAGUUGUCGCCUCUUGACUGUCGACUAUGCUGGACCCGUCCUCCAGCGAUGAAUCUGAGGGAGAACUACCACCUGAGGACGAACCGCCCGUUAAACCUGGGAAACCUGUUAAAAAGAGUACCAAACCCGAAAAGACGUCGGACGCCCCGCGUACCCAACCCAAGGAACAGGUCCCUUCUCCCGCUGAGGCGGACAAAACCGAGCAGGAGAGAAUUAAGAAAGAGGAGACGGAGAGGAAAAUUAAACUACAGAUUUAUGUGUUUGUGUUGAGAUGUAUCGCGUAUCCAUUUAACGCUAAACAGCCCACAGAUAUGGCUCGUCGUCAGCAGAAGCUAAACAAGCAGCAGUUACAGGUGGUAAAGGAGCGUUUCCAGGCCUUCCUGAAAGGAGAGACACAGAUUGUCGCAGAUGAGGCUUUCUGCAACGCCGUGCGCAGUUACUACGAGGGCUUUCUGAAGAGCGAGCGAGUGGCCCGCAUGGUCCAGGGCGGAGGCUGUUCUGCCAGUGACUUCCGUGAGAUCUUCAAGAAGAACAUCGAGCGUCGUGUACGCAGCCUGCCCGAGAUCGACGGCUUGAGCAAAGAGACUGUCCUCAGCUCCUGGAUCACCAAAUACGAUGCCAUCUAUAAAGGAGAAGAGGACCGGCGGCCUCAGGGACGCAUGCCCUUCAGCGCUGUGUCCGAGCUCAUCCUCAGCAAGGAGCAGCUUUAUGAGAUGUUUCAGCAGAUCCUGGGAGUCAAGAAGUUUGAACAUCAGCUGCUCUACAAUGCCCUCCAGCUGGACAACGUGGACGAGCAGGCGGCACAGAUCCGCAGAGAGCUGGACGGGCGACUGCAGCUCGCCGAGAAAAUAGCCAGAGAGAGGAAGUUCCCGAAGUUUAUUUCCAAAGACAUGGAGAUGAUGUACGUGGAGGAGCUCAGGUCAUCCGUUAACCUGUUGAUGGCUAACCUGGAGAGCCAACCUGUGGCCAAAGACUUCAAGCCCAAAAUCAAGCCCAAACUCACACCCAUGAACAGCUUCCUGGACAUCGGCGACGAGAACGACUUGCCCCUCUCCAAAUCCGACGUGGUGCUGUCAUUUAGUCUGGAGAUUGUGAUCAUAGAGGUGCAGGGGCUGAAAUCCGUUGCUCCGAACCGAAUUGUGUACUGCACCAUGGAGGUGGAGGGAGGAGAGAAGCUCCAGACGGAUCAAGCCGAAGCCUCCAGACCACAGUGGGGCACACAAGGAGAUUUCACCACCACACACCCCCUGCCCGCGGUCAAAGUCAAACUCUUCACCGAAAGCACUGGAGUCCUGGCUCUGGAGGACAAAGAGCUGGGCAGGGUGGUCCUUCACCCCACCACAAACGGGCCCAAAACGGCAGAGUUUCACAAGAUGGUAGUGCCUAAGAACAGCCAAGAUGUGGAUCUGAAAAUCAAACUGGCGGUCCGCAUGGACAAGCCCCCCAACAUGAAGCAUAGCGGGUAUCUUUACGCUUUAGGCCAGCGAGUGUGGAAGCGAUGGAAGAGGAGAUAUUUUGUGCUUGUUCAGGUGAGUCAGUACACAUUUGCCAUGUGCAGUUUCCGGGAGAAGAAGUCUGAGCCGCAUGAGCUGAUGCAGUUGGACGGGUAUACGGUAGAUUACUCCGAUCCGCAGCCAGGUCUUCAGGGGGGUAGAGCGUUCUUCAGCGCUGUCCGAGAAGGUGAUCAGGUGGUAUUCGCCAGCAAUGAUGAUCAGGACCGCGCUCUUUGGGUUCAGGCCAUGUACCGCGCCACAGGCCAAUCCUACAAACCACUAGCGCCCGCCCAGAACCAGCAGAACUGCAGAGGAGGAAACGCCCAAAAAGAUGCCCCUGUGUCCUUACUCAGUCUGGAGAAGACUCAGAGACAGGGAGUGGAGGAGCUCAUCUCUGCGAUGCCCUGCAACUUCGACCACACCAGCCUGUUCUUCGUCCUGCAGAAACACACACUCACACAUCGCAUGAACGACUCCUUUUCCUGCCUGGGUUGGUUCAGCCCCGGUCAGGUGUUUGUUCUGGAUGAGUACUGCUCUCGAUACGGGGUGAGGGGCUGUCAUCGUCACCUCUGCUACCUGAAAGACCUGAUGGAUUUCUCGGAUAACAACGCCCUGGUGGACCCCACCCUCCUGCACUACAGCUAUGCCUUCUGUGCCUCACAUGUCCACGGAAACAGACCGGAUGGCAUGGGCACUGUUACAGAACAGGAGAGGGAGGAGUUUGAGGAGAUCAGGAGCAGACUGUUGACUUUAUUGGAGAAGCAGAUCACACAUUUCAGGUACUGUUUCCCCUUCGGGCGACCGGAGGGGGCUCUUAAAGCCACACUCUCUCUUCUAGAAAGGGCUCUGAUGAAAGACAUCACCACACCUGUCCCAACUGAAGAGAUGCACAAGAUAGUUCAGAAGUGCCUGGAAAAAGCUGCGCUCAUCAAUUACUCCCAGCUGACCGACUACGCCCAGAUCGAAGCAGAUAGCAGCCAGGCGUCUCCAGAGAAAAGACUGGAGGACAUGAUCAGACUAGGAGAGCUGUGUAUGGAGGUGUUACAGCAGAACGAUGAGCAUCACUCUGAGGUUAGACCUGCCUUCUCCUGGUGGCCAGAGGCGAUGGGUGAGCACGCCGAGACCUUCCUGUCGCUCUACACGGUGGACAUGGACUCAGCACUGGGCGUCCAGCCACAGGACUCCUGGGACAGUUUCCCCCUCUUUCAGCUGCUCAACAACUUCCUCCGAACUGACCCUCACCUGUACAAUGGAACGUUCCACAAGCACCUCCAGGACCUGUACAUCCCUCUAGUGGUCCGCUACAUUGACCUGAUGGAGUCGUCUAUAGCUCAGUCCAUUCACCGCGGCUUUGAACAGGAGACGUGGCAGUCUGUGAAGACCAUCACCAACAAUCUGCCAAGCGUUCCACUGCCCAGGGUUCCCAACCUGCCUCUUAACCUCCCUCAGAUGCCCAGCUUCUCAGCCCCUUCCUGGAUGGGGCCGCUGUGUGACAGCACUAACGGCUCGGCCACAUCAGAAGAUCUAUUCUGGAAGCUGGAUGCUCUUCAGAUGUUCGUGAUGGACCUGCACUGGCCAGAGCUGGAGUUCGCCAAACAUCUGGAGCAGAGGCUCAAACUGAUGGCUAGUGAUAUGAUGGAAGCCUGUGUCAAAAGGACCAAAGCUGCCUUUGACUCGAAAAUGCAGAAGUCUAGCAAGUCCACCGAUUUCCGCGUUCCCUUGUCUGUGUGCACAAUGUUCAAUGUUCUCAUGGACGCCAAGAAGCAGUGCUCCAAGCUCUGUGUUCUCGACCAAGGUCAAGAGGUAUGUCACAAACUUGAGCGGACACGUCUAUGUUUAUCUUAGUACUGUAGAUCUUUUAUGAACACCAGAAGUCUCGCAAAAAGCAUCUGGUCUUUGUUCAACUGACAGCAAGGAGGUAAAAACAAGAAUAAGAACAUUAAAUUACUUUACACU